AUGGCAGCAACUUUCAAAAACAUCAGGUCUGUGAUCCCCCUCUUUGACCGUGUGCUCGUUCAGCGCUUCAAGCCGGAAACGAAAACCGCGUCUGGUCUCUUCCUUCCCUCGUCUGCAACCUCUGGCACGCUUCCCGAGGCAACUGUGAUUGCUGUCGGACCUGGCGUCCCAGACCGCAAUGGAAAAAUUGUCCCCCCAAGUGUUAGUGCAGGAGAUCGCGUCCUGCUACCAAGCUGGGGCGGAAAUUCGAUCAAAGUCGGCGAGGAGGAGUAUUUUAUGUUCAAGGACUCUGAUAUCCUUGCCAAAAUCAAGGAAUAG